AUGGCGGACUCAAGCAACCCGACACACUCAGUUCAACAAGACUCACACAAUGGAGAGGUCCGAUCCGCAACCCCCCAGCGCACGACGCUGAGACAGCAGGUCGAGAGGCACAUCACCGCAGCAUCAGGGAAGCAAGUCGAAGAAAAGCAGACAGAGUCUUCACGGCACUCGUCCUCAUCAGACGACAGCGACAGCAACUCAGAACACAGCGCAAGCGUCCUCCACGGCGUACGGAGCUCGAGGUCAAGAUCCCUGUCGAGGACAGUAUCUGAAGUCAGAGAUGGCAUCGAGAACAGACGAGACUUGGAACGCGGCGAAGAACUCGAUCUCGAGAAGACGCCGACGACGAGAACUGCUCGAGACCCGAACCUCGUGACAUGGGAUGGUCCGAACGAUCCUGGAAACCCAAAGCAAUGGUCUAUGAAGAGGAAAUGGGCCGCAGUCUUCUGCAUCUCCUCAUCCAUGGUUGCACCCGCUCUGGAGGCCAUCGGAUCCGACCUCAACAUCACAAGCUCCUUCGAGAAGGCCCUCGCCCUCUCCAUCUUCGUCCUCGCCUACGCCGUAGGACCGCUAGCAUGGGGUCCUCUCUCAGAACUCUACGGCCGUGUCAUCGUCCUCCAGCUCACGAACCUAUUCUACAUGUUCUUCAACCUCGGAUGCGGUCUCGCCCAGACAAAGAGCCAGAUGAUCGCCUUCCGCUUCCUCGCAGGCCUCGGCGGCUCAGCACCCCUAGCUAUCGGUGGUGGCGUCCUAGGCGACUUAUUCGAAGCAGAACAGCGCGGCAAGGCAAUCAGCAUCUACUCUCUCAUGCCGCUCUUGGGCCCGGCCAUCGGCCCCAUCGCCGGCGGCUUCAUCACCCAGAACACGACGUGGCGCUGGAUCUUCUACAGCACCACCAUCCUCACAGCCGUCAUCCAGUCCAUCGGCUUCUUCGUCCUGCAGGAGACCUUCGCGCCUGUGCUCCUUACACGGAGGAAGAAGCGUCUCAUCAAGGAGACGGGCAACACGGCGCUGCACACCGACUUUGACCACCCAGACCGCACCAUCGCGCGCACCCUCGGCAUCGCCUUCACACGCCCCUUCCGCCUCCUCGGCACGCAGCCUCUGGUCCAGUGCCUCGCUCUCUACAUGAUGUACCUCUACGGGCUCAUGUACCUCGUGCUCUCGACCUUCCCCACCCUCUGGACGGUCGAGUACGGCGAAUCCGUCGGCAUCAGUGGCCUCAACUACAUCUCCCUCGGCCUCGGCUUCUUCAUCGGCGCGCAGACGUGCGCCCCGCUCCAGGACCGCAUCUACGCCGCACUCAAGCGCCGCUACGUUCCCGACGGAGGACCGGGACGCCCCGAGUUCCGCGUGCCGAUGAUGAUCCCCGGCGCCGUGCUUGUGCCAAUGGGUCUUAUUAUCUACGGCUGGACGUCGCAGUACCACACGCAUUGGAUCUGGCCCAACAUUGGCGCGACGCUGUUCAGCGCCGGCGUGAUUAUCGGGUUCCAGUGUAUCCAGGGCUUCUUGGUCGAUACGUACACGCGGUAUGCUGCUAGUGCCGUCGCGGCGGCGACGGUGUUGAGAAGCUUGGCUGGGUUUGGGUUCCCGUUGUUUGCGCCGAGUUUGUAUAACAAGUUGGAUUAUGGUUGGGGCAAUACGUUGCUCGCGCUGUUGGGUGUUGUUAUCGGGUGGCCUGGCCCGCUGUUGCUUUGGAAGUUUGGACCGAGGUUGAGAAAGAAGAGUCAGUACGCUGCGGGCUGA